AUGGCUACCCAUGGUGAUGAUGUCGAGAGUCAACAACAACAACAAGAAGCGCAUAGCGAGGAAACUCCUCUGCUAAUAAAUCAGGAGAGUAGUCAUGCGCAGGAGCAGGCGGGAGCUGCACAAGCCCAACCACGGCCCUACCUAUCAUAUUCUCUAAAAGCACUAGCCGGGCUCAUCGCCGUCGGCAUCGCCGUCGUCUUUGUCAAAGGUUGGAUCGAUGCUGGCAGCGAUGUCGAUUUUGAUUUCAAAAAGGCGCUGAAAAAGGCCCUUGGCGGCGGUCUGAGUGGUGCUGCGGCCAUGGUUCUCCAGGUGCUGCUCCUCAUGCCACUUCGGACCAUUAUGAAUUACCAAUACCGGUAUGGAACUUCGUUUUCGACAGCCAGCGCGACCUUGUACACCAGCGGAGGCCUGGGCCGCUAUUACGACGGCAUUGGGGCAGCAUUAAUCCAAGGCCCUGUUUCGAGAUUUGGCGACACUGCUGCCAAUGCCGGUAUCCUCGCGCUACUCCAGUCAAAUUCAUACCUAAAAGAUUUGCCAGUCCUCAUCAAGACCAUAUUCGCCUCUCUUUGCGCUGCCGCUUUCAGAAUGAUCCUCACCCCCGUCGACACGUUAAAGACGACGCUUCAAGUACAAGGCCCCGAGGGCAGGGCUCUGCUCCGCGAGCGCAUCAAGAAACACGGCGUCGGUACACUCUGGUGGGGAGCAUUUGCGACUGCGGGAGCGACCUUUGUGGGACACUACCCAUGGUUUGCCACGUACAAUAUAUUGAGCGAAGCCAUCAAAGAGCCACCCAAAGACCAAUUCUUUCUUUGGCUUUUACGUCUGGCAUUUAUAGGCUUUGUUGCCUCAUUGGUAUCUGACUGCGUAUCAAACUCGUUGCGAGUGGUCAAGACGUAUCGCCAAGUCAACGAGACGCAGGUUUCCUACACCAAAGCAGCAAAGCUGGUCAUUCAGGGCGACGGUGUAUCAGGCCUUUUUGGCCGGGGACUCUCGACGCGCAUCUUGUGCAACGGUCUGCAAGGCCUUCUCUUUUCCAUCUUGUGGAAGCUGUUUCUCGACUUCUUGGAGUCGAGAAAAGGUGCAUAG